AUGAGGUUGAGAAGAGGUCAAGAUAAAAUUGAAUCUUGGGAGAAGCUUAAGAAACAUAUGAGACUUGCAUUUCUACCCCAUAAUAAUACAAGACUUAUCUAUCAACAACUCCAAAUUCUUAGGCAAGGGUCCAAGUCGAUUAAUGAAUACACCAAAGAGUUCCAUCAAUUGAUUGCAAGGAAAGAUAUAUCGGAAGAACAACUUGUAGCAAGGUAUAUAGGAGACAAAGUUUGGUGUGAUGUUGUUUUGAUGGAUGCAUGUCAUUUACUUCUUGGGCGGCCUUGGAAAUAUGAUCGGUUUAUGAAUCAUGAUGGGAGAUCUGACAACUAUUCUUUCAUGUGGAACAAUAAGAAGUUGACUCUUGUACCCUAUCGUGAGCUUAUGCCUAAGCCACAAAAUGUUGAUGGAAAAAAUCUACUUACUUAUCACAAAAUGUUCAUAGAAGAGUUGGAUGAUUUGGAGGUGUUCUAUAUACUUCUUGAUAAAGAGUCUCCAUCAUAUGAUUUCUUUCCACCACAAGUCAAGCCAAUUAUCGAAGAAUUUCAAGGUGUUUUUCCUGCCGACUUACCGAAUGCAUUACCACCAUUAAGAGAAGUGCAAUACCAAAUUUAUCUAGUACCCGGUUCAAGUCUUCCCAACAAAGCCCAUUAUCGUACGAGUCCCAAAGAACAUGAAGAAUUACGUCGGCAAGUUGAAGAGCUCAUAGCCAAAGGUUUUAUAAGACCGAGUCUUAGCUCUUGUGAGGUACCGGACUUGUUAGUACCAAAGAAAGAUGGUUCAUGCCGUAUGUGUGUGGAUAGUACAACAAUCAAUAAAAUCACAUUGAAGUACCGAUUUCCAAUUCCUAGUUUGGAUGACUUACUUGAUCAAUUAAGUGGAGCAUGUGUUUUUAGCAAACUUGAUUUUAAUUGGGUAUCAUCAAAUUCGUAUCAAGGUGGGAGAUGA